GUCAAUGCAGCAGGCGUUUAAUCAGCUGGUAAAUUGCGCGAGAAAAUUCAAACAAAUCCGAACUGCAAGUGAUAAGGACGCGAUCGGCAGACACGUACACUGAUUUGGUGCUUUUACAAACGCCCAUCACGAAAAGAGAAUCUCUGCAAAAACGCCAAGUUUCGUUGGAAGCAGUUACCAGUAGUAUGCACCCACCAGCGCACAACCAUGACUUUCGACAUUGAGCGUAAGCGUUUGGAGUUGUGCUAUGGCACGUUCGGUACCAACGCAAAUGGCACCUCCACUACCAAGGUGAGCGACAGAAAGCGAAGGAAAAGUUCCACCUCGUCCGAGCAAUCCACACCCCACAGGCACCGGAAGCGGACCGUAAGUGAAUCGAAGCCCAGCCCAAACAAGCAACGAUGGCAGCAGCCCCUGAGACAGACCAAGUGCCAUGUUAUCACCAUCUUUGCCAGUGGCGUACUAUUUUCGGUGCUAAUGCUUAUCCUGCUGGACUUUGUCCCGUCAUCACCUCAUCGACAGCCGGAGGGUUCGAUACGGCGCGUCGGUUCUGAGGGUGCACGGGCCCUGUACGCACCACGGCAUCUGCCGGAUGAAUCGAUGCUGAGGUUGGCGGAUGAAACGCGCGUAAUGGAACCAUACAUGCCGGCACGGAAGCUAGCCACACCGUCCGAUGAGAAGCAAGACACUCUGACGAACGAGCAAGAAGCGCUCGGGUCGCUUAAAAUGGCACUGGAAAUGAAACAGCUCGGUAAGGAUGAUAAGGCGCUACGAUUGUUUCAGCACGCCCUCGCACUGUCCCCGAAACAUCCGGAAAUUCUCACCAAAUACGGUGAGUUCCUUGAGCACAACCAGCAGGACGUGGUGUCCGCCGAUCAGUACUAUACGCAAGCGCUUACGGUGAAUCCGUACUACUCGGAAGCCCUGGCCAACCGGCAGCGAACGGCCCAAAUCGUGGAACAGAUGGAUGCCAAACGGUUCGAGGCGCUGGAUCGGAAGCGAGAUGCGCUGAGUUCUGUGCACGUGUCCAACAUGGCACUGAAGCGCGCAGAAAAGGAAGCUUACAUACAGCACAUUUAUCAUUCGGUCGGUAUCGAGGGCAAUACGAUGAGUUUAGCACAAACACGUUCGAUACUGGAGACGCGCAUGGCCGUCGAUGGGAAGAGUAUCGACGAGCACAAUGAAAUUCUCGGGCUGGAUGCGGCCCUUAAGUACAUCAACGCAACGCUGGUAAACAAAAACGAUUACAUUACGCUGAAGGACAUCCUGGAGAUACACCGCCGUGUGCUUGGCCACGUGGACCCAAUCGAGGGUGGUGAGUUCCGUCGUACGCAGGUUUACGUUGGCGGUCACAUUCCACCCGGGCCGGGUGAUUUAGCGAUUUUGAUGGGACGGUUCGAGAAUUGGCUCAACUCGGAACAGGUGUUUUUGAUGCAUCCGGUUAAGUACGCUGCAAUGGCACACUACAAACUCGUGCACAUACAUCCAUUCAGCGAUGGUAACGGUCGCACGUCACGAUUACUAAUGAACACACUGUUGAUGCGUGCCGGUUAUCCGCCGGUGAUCAUACAGAAACAACAUCGGCACAAGUACUACAACUUUUUGCAGCUGGCCAACGAAGGUGACAUCCGUCCGUUUGUCCGAUUCAUUGCCGACUGCACGGAGCGAACGCUGGAUCUUUAUCUGUGGGCAACGAGUGAACUAUCGCACCCGGUUCCGUUGCUGGCGCAGGAAAGUAUGGAGGGCAUGCCGUUAAUUUUCAACAGCGUUACCGACGAGGGAUCCGAUGUUGGUAGUGGUGCUGGUGAUACGAUACGGAUAGGUGUUAUUUGAUAUUGGCUUCUAGUGGCCCUGGCUGGAACAGUGGCGUACGGUGCACCACAUCUUCCCAUCGUCACGGGUGCUUGGUGGAGUGUGUUUUGUUUGUACAUAGUUUUGUUAUGUUGCACACGUAUUUUAAAUACCAUUUUCUCGUGUAAGCUUGUUAACUUAUUGUCUGUUUUUAAACUGUCUUCUCGUUACCUUCUACCUUUUACAAAGGAACGGUCCGUUAUGAAAUGAGCUAGUGUAGAACAAUGUGAUCAAAUCAAGCAGAUCCUCCUGCGAAAGGGGAAACUGUAUUUCGCGGAACCUACCAAAACGCACAGAACCGGAACUAGCAAUAGUUCCGCAUAUAGUCAAUCGAAACUACAAAUAUGAGUCCUACUGUUUUGUGAUACUGUGAUUAUUUUUAGAAACCAUAGCUGGUUGGUAGAAUUCAAAAUGUACAAUAAACUAGCAAAUUUUAAUCAU